AAUAAAUACAAAAAUUAUAAAAUGGGAGAGGUUCAUAAAAUUUUAGACAGCACCAUGGAACUGUGUGUGACGGUCAUAGCUCCAGCAAAUGCUUUGCCUAAUUGAUAAUGAUAGUAUUGUUUUGGUCUCCGAUUCAAAACUCAUAAACACGAGUAAAUCCUGGAACUAUGGAUCCUCUUGUAGCUGUUGUCGUGUUCCUUCUUCUCUCGCCCACUUCAGCUGUGUUCACCUCAGAGGAUGAACUCUAUGCCCAACAGAUCCUAAGCGCUGCUCGCAACGACAAAGACUGGUUGGUUUUGGUGAGAAGGCAGAUUCAUCAAUUCCCCGAACUCGCAUUCCAAGAGCACAACACUAGUGCUCUUAUUCGCAGGGAACUCGAUAUUCUUGGAAUACACUACAACUUCCCCUUCGCCAAAACCGGUGUCGUUGCCCAAGUUGGCAAUGGUUCUCGUCCUGUCAUCGCUAUUCGUGCUGACAUGGAUGCUCUUCCCUUGCAGGAGCUUGUUAAUUGGGAGUAUGCGAGUAAAAUUGAAGGCAGAAUGCAUGCUUGUGGACACGAUGCUCAUACCACAAUGCUUCUUGGUGCCGCAAAGUUGCUCAAUCAGCGCAAGGAUCAAUUUCAGGGAACUGUGAAGUUUGUUUUCCAACCUGCUGAGGAGGGAGCUAGAGGUGCAAAGCAAGUGAUAGAAGAUGGAGGUCUUCUAGAUGCAGAAGCAAUAUUUGGUGUUCAUAUUGAUGCUUUGACACCUACCGGAGCAAUAGCAUCUAUUGCAGGGCCUUUUACAGCUGCCGGAUGCAGCUUUGAGGCGAAAAUUGUUGGAAUAGGCGGUCAUGCCGCAUUUCCUCAUCAAAGUGUGGAUCCGUUGCUGGCUACAUCAUUUGCAAUUUUAGCACUGCAACAGCUUGUCUCGAGGGAAAGCGAUCCCCUUCAAAGUUUAGUAAUAUCAAUAACAUUUGUCAAAAGUGGGACUGCAUUAAAUGUGAUCCCAUCUCAUGUAAAAUUUGGAGGCACUCUGAGGGUUCAGACAACUGAAGGGUUGCACCAUUUUAGACAGCGAAUAAAAGAGGUUAUUGAGGGACAGGCAGCUGUGCACAGAUGCAGUGCGCAUGUUGAUUUCAAAGACGGAAGCUUCCCGCCAUAUCCUGCAGUGGUCAAUGACAAAGGUUUGCAUCAGCAUGUCGAAAGAGUCGGCCAACUUCUGCUCGGUCCAGGAAAUGUGCAUGCAGCCAAGAGAGUGAUGGCAGGCGAAGACUUUGCAUUCUAUCAAGAAGUGAUUCCGGGAGUGAUGUAUAGCAUUGGAAUCAGAAAUGAGAAAGUGGGAGCAACUUACUCCCCACAUUCUCCUUAUUUCUUCCUAGACGAGGAAGCUCUUCCAAUAGGGGCCGCAAUGCAUGCUGCUGUUGCUGAGUUGUACUUGAAAAACUAUAAUGUUCGGUAACAUUCAUCUUAUUGGUGCCACUUCAUGCAUAUCUCAUAUAAGUUAGUUCAAUUGUUAUGCUACACAGAUAGAGGGAGCGGUUUUGGAAACAAUGGAGUUCUCUUUAAUGUAUAUUGAACUGACCACAUUGUCAUGGUCCUUGUUCCUUUUUUUUUGGAUAGUUAGAAAGCCAGACUCUGAAUGCGGCCCUCCUUAUUCCUUUUUACUUUUGGUUCAAAGUCCAAAAAAAUAAAGACCAUUCUUGAUUUAAA